AUGUUUAAUCUAGUUUUCACAGUUUCCGUCUCAACCGGCCAAGUAAGUUUGGUAUUUGGAGGUUAUUUGCUGGACAAGUUCGGGACCUGGGUUCACCGCGGUAUAACGUCAGUAGCCUUUGUAAUUGGCGCACUUUUGCUGGCCCUAUCCUCUCCGGAAUACGCGAUAAUGCUGUUCCCGAGCAUGAUUCUAAUUGCGGUUGGUGGCUUGAAUCUUUUAUCCUCAAAUAUACAGGCUGGAAAUUUGUCAAACUCCUACCGUGUAACUGUUAUAACAUUGAUGAAUGGUUCAUUUGAUUCAGGGAUGUUAGCUUUUUUCUUAUUUAAGCUAUCUUAUGACUCUGGGAUCGACUUUAAAUCCAUCACCGUUGCUUACGUCGUGUUCAGCUUGUAUCUCUGCAUCAGCACUUUUACAUUGAUGCCUCGAAAGUGGUUUCCCAGUGUCAAUUCAUCAUCACCUGUACCACGAUACGGAAUAUACGAAGUAAGACAACUGUUUUGCCGAAAAAAUGUAGUGAUAAACGAAAGUAGCCAAGAUGAAGAUGAAACAAGAGUAAGAGACACCACCGGUGUAGAUGAAAACAGUCAAAAAAUAUCUACACUUAACUGUAUCAAGUCACCUUUGUUUUGGACUGGGUUGUUAUUCAUAUGCUUCAUAAAUCUGCGAAUAAAUUUUUUCUUGGGUAGUUUUUCAUCCUGGAUCGCUAGUUUUGAAGAUCACUCCAGCCUUAAUACGUUAACGAACAUAUUCGGCACUUUACCUUUAGUAGGAAUUGUUGUUGCGCCAAUAAACGGCGCAAUGACGGACAUAACUAUCAAACUUUGCAAAAAAUGCGGAUAUAACGACUCGCAGAGUAAAUGGAAAGGCCUUUUCACUUCUACGUUUUCUACAAGUGUAUUUGCUGUGUGUUUUUCGAUUGCCGUGUCACUACGGAACACAUAUUCAUCGUUUGUGUUUUUCUUUAUCACAAGAUCGUUUUUGUAUGCAUCUAACGCAACGUUUAUUUCUUUGGCGUUUCCGGCGUAUCAUUUUGGAAAGCUGUUCGGUAUUAUUAAUUUUGCCUUUGGUAUGUUCGGCCUAUUACAAUUUGCGUUAUUCACUUUUGGCUUGAAUAUUGAUCCAGGUUUUCGAGUAACAAACUACACUUGGAUAGCUGCUGCGGUGAUUACGCUUGUCCAUUCUUUCGCGAUUUUUCAAAAAUCACGUUCACAGUAA